AGAUAGAUAGAUAGUACCUUAGCUCCAGCCCAGUAGGUGGCGGUAAUUCACCUUAUCGACAGAAGAAGAGGAAGAAGAAGAGGAACUCUUUUUAGCAUAACAACAACAUUUUUAGCAGCAUUAGCUCGCAAAAAAGCGAGGAGACUUUUUUCUUCUUAUUUGGGUCCUAUUAACAGGUACGCUGGAAUUUUCCGACACCCACUCGAAUAUGUCCUAUGUCUUCAUCAAUGACUCGUCGCAGACCAGCGUGCCUCUGCUGCAGUCGUGCAUCGAUGGAGACCUGCCCUUCGCCAAGAGGCUGCUAGAGACCGGAUGCGACCCCAACAUCCGCGAUAACCGGGGCCGCACCGGCCUCCACCUAGCCGCCGCCAGAGGGAACGUGGAAAUAUGCCGCCUUUUGCACAAGUUCGGGGCCGAUCUGCUGGCGACGGAUUAUCAGGGAAAUACGGCGCUGCACCUGUGCGGCCACGUGGAUACGAUACAGUUCCUGGUGUCCAACGGGCUGAAGAUCGACAUCUGUAACCACAACGGAUCGACUCCUCUGGUGCUGGCGAAGAGGCGCGGAGUCAACAAGGAUGCUAUUCGUCUGCUGGAGGGGCUGGAGGAGCAGGAGGUGAAAGGCUUCAACAGAGGAGCCCACUCCAAACUGGAGACCAUGCAGAUGGCUGACAGUGAGAGUGCAAUGGAGAGCCACUCCUUACUGAACCCGAACCUGCAGAGCACCGAGGGCGUCCUGUCCAGCUUCAGGACCACCUGGCAGGAGUUUGUGGAGGACCUGGGCUUUUGGAGGGUCCUGCUGCUGCUGGUGGUCAUCGCCCUCCUCUCCCUGGGCAUCGCCUACUACGUCAGUGGGGUCCUGCCUUUCUCCACCAGCCAGCUGGAGUUGGUGCACUGAGUAAAGGCUGGGAAGAAGGGAGGUGAAGAGGCAGUAAAAUAAAUGAAUGAAGGUCUGCGUUCAGCUUUGUGUGUAUAGAACAAAAACCUAGUUUUGGUUCUUUGUUGCCCACAUUUGAUCCUUUUUAUUGUGGUCUUAACAACAUCAUAUGAUACUGUUAGUAAAGAAACGCAAUUUAAAAAAUAUUAUAAAUAUUUUUAGGUGAUUAACGAGAGAGGACGGUGACUCAGAGACUUCAUGUGUGGCCUAACAACUUGACUCAUUGAUAAACUCAUUUGCUCUUCCUCACACUUCUCAUGUCAUCCCUGUUUGCUCUGUUACAAGCUGUAUAUUGCUGAUGUUUUGUAUCUUUUCAUUGUUUUCUCCUCACUUGUUAUUUAUUCAAAUGUCUUUGGUAUGAAUUUUUCCCUCGCUGUCUUUAUUUCACACAAAUACCUGCAGCCUUUCUGACUGGAAACAGUUUUGUCAGGAUAACAGAGCCGACUGCAGAGAAACACCUGGACUGAGUUUAGAUGAAGCUUCAGGUUUAACUGUGGGAUUAUGGCAGCAGAUUAAUGCUUCUUACUUUGUUGUAUAUUCAUUUUAUCUUAAUGUGCUUUUGUUAAAGGUUUUCAGUGUUUAUUCCAUCAAACAUUUGAAGUCAUUUAAUGUGCAAAAUGAAUAAAUUCAUGACUGUAAUCUGCA